AUGCCUCCCGAGCCAGACCGCUCUUGGCAACACACCCAGGACAUUCUCAUAACCGCUGCGCACAGAUUUGGCCUGCAGUCCCAGCCCCGGCUCCAGCAACGCUUCUCCCACCCCCGAUCGACAUCGUCCACCGACAGGCGAGUGUCUCGACAGACCGUGUCGUCCGUCACCAGCCUCAUCUCCACGCUCGAUGCUAUAGGCCGCAGCCUGGAUGAUGCCAACACCCACUUGCGCACUCUGCUAGACCGCACCAUCGCCGUUGAUCUAUCUCUGACCGGCCAACUACCCGGCCAAGCUCCUAUACAUCUGCUCUACCAAACCCCCCACUCUCUCACCAACAUGUCGUCACGCCCCGGAGCUGGCGCUGGCAGCCGCCGCGAAUCCUCCCGCUCCGAGGACGGCAGCCGUCUGGCCAAGCGCCGCCGACUCGACUCUGACAGGACCGCCAUGCCUGCCUUCAAAGGCUUCCGAUACGGCCGCUACGGCCAGGUUGAGCCUGGCCGACUGACCAUGGAGAUUGUCAGCUGCGACGGCGGCCUGUAUUCUGACGGCGGCUUCUAUGCCGCCGAGAACAUCCUCAAGAGCGACAACUCCGUGUACUGUACCAAGGGGAAUCGUUGCAACAUUGUCCUGCAGCACCAAGGCUGCACCACCUUUAGCCUUAAAGAGCUGAUCAUCAAAGCCCCUGGCCGAAACUACUCAUCACCGGACGAGCUGCUGAGCACGAAUCAGUUCCAUGUCGACCGCAUGUCCCCACCCGCAGCACCUGCACAUCCUUCUAGCGCUAGUACACUCAACACCUUGCGACUGUAUACUACCGCUCGGAUGACGGCGGAGCGUCUGGCCGAUGAUCUGAAUACCACCAAUGAUCAGGCGGCUGUCGAUGAAGAUCCCCGCAACGGGACUACCAACGAUCUUUACGACUUCAUUACGAGCGGCUACGAUGACGAUGCGCCGUUUCGGGCUCACCGCGAACUGGGGGCGAGCAAUCCGCCCCACUUCCAGGUCAUGACCGAAUGUAGUGACGACGAGAAUGACGAUGCUCCUGGAAGAGGAGGUGGUAGCGGCAGCGCCAGGGGAGCACGCCGGGGAGGACGGCAACAGGGGGCGUCAGGCUGGAGCCCGACGCCUAUGCGCAACCGCUCGCGCCGCAGGCUACCGCCAUACGACGAGUCCUCUCCCUACGGCACACACCUCAUCACCUGGGACGCUGGUGGCGCAGACAUUUUCGAAGAACAUGACGAGGACGACGACUACACGGAUCUCUACGAGCUGCAGGAUGCUGCUGCGGCCUCAUCACCAGACUCUCCCCGCGGUGAUACCGGCGGCGAUCGGGGCACGGAAGGACGAAGCCGAGCUGGCCGGGGCAACUAUGACGGCAGAUACGACGCGGAUGGGCAGGACGAGGACGAGGACGAGGACGAGGAUGAGGACGAUCUCGAAGACGACGAGGACGAAGACGAGGACGGCAGUAGGUCUCCGUUUGCCCAAUUUUCGAACACGCCAUUUGCAAACAGCCGUGGAAGUGGCAGUGGCAGCGUUCCAGGGACAAUCGCACCCUCUGCCAAGUUUCAUAUUGCGAACAACAGGACGCGAUGCACCAUACGCUUCAAUCCACCUGUGACGGCGCGGUACAUUCUUCUAAAAAUGUGGAACCCGCGCCAGGACAUUGCUGGGAACAUUGACAUUCAGGGCGUUGUGGCAAAAGGCUUUGCUGGGCCGCGGGUUGGCGUGUUUGCGAACCUCACCAACUCGUAUGCGCUGGUGGCUAUUGGAGCGAGCGAGAACUUUUACAGCAUCUUCGAGGCCGAGCUGCAGGAUGUCGUUCCCAUCUGCCGGACGACCAUUGCAGGCACACGGAUUGUGGGGCGGUUAACAGCAGGAAACCGCAACGGACUGCUGGUGCCGACGAGUACGACGGACCAGGAGCUGCAGCACCUGCGCAACUCGCUACCAGACGCGAUCAAGAUCCGGCGAGUCGAGGAGCGGCUGUCGGCGUUGGGCAAUGUGAUCGUGGCCAACGACCAUAUUGCGCUGGUGCAUCCAGACGUGGAGCGGGAGACGGAAGAGAUUAUUGCCGACGUGCUCGGCGUCGAGGUCUUCCGCCAGACCGUCGCCGACAACGUCCUUGUCGGCUCCUACAUGGCCCUCACUAACCAGGGUGGACUGGUGCACCCCAAGACGAGUGUGCAGGACCAGGACGAGCUGUCGAGCUUACUGCAGGUCCCACUCGUCGCUGGCUCUGUCAACCGCGGUAGCAGCGUCAUCGGCGGCGGCAUGGUCGUCAACGACUGGCUUGCGGUCACCGGCCUCGACACCACCGCCACCGAGCUGAGCGUCAUCGAGAGCGUCUUCCGCCUCGGCGGCGACGGUGCCGCCCACCCGGGGCCCGGCCACAUCAACACGGCGCUCAAGGACACCAUUGUGGAGUCCUUCUACUGA